ACGUUUCUUUAUGACGUCACGGGCGUGCUGUCGUCGCGCGUCCUCCGCUCGGACCUUUUCGGGUCCUGUCUGUUUUAAAUCGCUCGUUCGGUCUCUCGGCUGGUCGAUAUGAGCUACGAUCCUUCAUGAAGCGCACGGAUGAGAGACGCCGUUCAUGACGCGAUCUCCGGUAAUCCCGUCAAACGCGACGCUUCCGGCGGGACUGUGAUGUGAUCCCCGUCAGUCUGCUGCUUCACGCGCAUCUCUACCGGACACAUGAUGGAUGAUUCGGGAAUAAUCAGACGCAGGCGUUUGCAGGAUCUUCCUCUGCCGCGUAAGAACAGCAGUUGCCGUAGUAACAGGAAGAGUCUGAUACUGACCUCCACCUCCCCGACUCUGCCUCGCCCACAUUCACCGUUACCGGGACACAUUGGCAGUAGUCCUCUAGACAGCCCUCGCAAUUUCUCUCCCAGCACACCUGCACAUUUCUCCUUUGCUUCCUCGAGGAGAGAUGGACGUCGAUGGUCACUGGCAUCUCUUCCUUCUUCUGGCUAUGGCACCAACACACCCAGUUCAACGUCUUCCAGUUCCUCACAGGAGCGUUUGCAUCAGUUACCGUCUCAGCCCACCAUGGAUGAGCUUCAUUUCCUCUCUAAACACUUUGGCAGUACAGAGAGCAUCACUGAUGAUGAUGGAGGACGUUGUUCUCCCCACAUAAGACCACGCUCACGCAGUCUGAGUCCUGGUCGCUCUCACUCCUGCUAUGACAAUGAGAUUGUCAUGAUGAAUCAUGUUUACAGGGAGCGUUUCCCUAAGGCCACAGCGCAGAUGGAGGGCAGGUUGUGUGAUUUCAUUCAGUCUUAUGCUCCUGAAAACACCCUGCCAUUGGCUGAUGGGGUCCUGAGCUUCAUCCAUCAUCAGAUCAUCGAGCUGUCCAGAGAUUGCCUGACUAAAUCUGGUGAAGGUCUCAUCACCUCCGUCUACUUCUUUGAACUGCAGGAGAACCUGGAGAAACUUCUGGAUGAUGCAUACGAGCGCUCCGAGAGCUCAGAGUUGACUUUUGUCACAGAGUUGGUGAAGAAACUUCUCUUCAUCAUCGCUCGACCUGCUCGACUUCUGGAGUGUUUGGAGUUUAAUCCUGAAGAGUUUUAUCAUCUGCUGGAGGCGGCUGAAGAUCAAGCUAAAGAAGGACAUCUGAUGAAGACCGACAUCCCACGAUACAUCAUCAGUCAACUGGGUCUGACCCGAGAUCCUCUGCAGGAAAUGGUCAGUCGCGGACAAUAUGAGAGCGAGGGAGCCCUCACAACCGAGACCAGCGAUUCACAAGAGGGAAAAAUGAAACCUAUGAAACCUCCUGGAGAGGCAGAUUUCCAAACCAUCAAACUGAUCAGCAAUGGAGCCUACGGGGCGGUGUAUUUGGUCCGUCAUCUAGAGACUCAGCAGCGCUUCGCCAUGAAGAAAAUCAACAAACAGAAUCUGAUCCUGAGGAAUCAAAUCCAGCAGGCGUUUGUGGAGCGAGAUAUCCUGACCUUUGCUGAGAACCCGUUUGUGGUCAGCAUGUUCUGCUCAUUUGAGACCAGACGACAUCUCUGUAUGGUGAUGGAGUAUGUGGAGGGAGGAGACUGUGCAACACUGCUGAAGAACAUCGGUGCUCUGCCCGUGGAGAUGGCACGCAUGUAUUUUGCUGAGACCGUCCUGGCGCUCGAGUACAUUCAUAACUACGGCAUUGUGCACCGAGAUCUCAAACCUGACAAUUUGUUGAUCACAUCAAUGGGUCACAUUAAACUCACUGAUUUCGGUUUAUCUAAAAUGGGUCUAAUGAGUCUCACCACAAACCUGUAUGAGGGACACAUCGAGAAGGACACCAGGGAGUUCCUGGAUAAACAGGUUUGUGGCACGCCGGAGUACAUCGCCCCCGAGGUGAUUCUGCGUCAGGGAUACGGGAAACCGGUGGACUGGUGGGCUAUGGGCAUCAUCCUCUACGAGUUUCUGGUGGGCUGCGUGCCGUUCUUCGGUGACACACCUGAGGAACUGUUUGGUCAGGUCAUCUCGGAUGAGAUUGUGUGGCCGGGGGGCGAUGAUGCUCUUCCUGCUGAUGCGCAGCACCUGAUCUCAUCUCUCCUGCAGACCAAUCCACUGCUCAGACUCGGCACAGGCGGAGCGUUUGAAGUGAAACAGCACUCAUUCUUCUGUGAUCUGGACUGGAGCGGUCUCCUCCGACAGAAAGCCGAGUUUAUUCCUCACCUGGACUCGGAGGAAGACACCAGUUACUUUGACACGCGAUCAGAGCGAUAUCAUCACGUUCAGUCGUAUGACGAGGACGACACGAAUGAAGACGAGCCUGUAGAAAUCCACCGUUUCUCCUCCUGUUCUCCACGCUUCAGCAAGGUCUACAGUAGUAUGGAGCAUCUAUCCCAGCUGGAGCCCAAACCCGUGGUGAUCCGCAGAGAACCCAAAGCUCAUAGAGAAGAUCGAGGGAAAAGAGAGAGUUUGGGCAGUGUGACCCUGAGAGAUAAGAGCUGGAGGACCGGAUCUCCUGAGAUGAAGCGUCUGUCUUGUUCUGAAUCGUCCUUCACUGAAUCAGACUCCAGUCCUCCUGGUGCUCGCCGGCGUUUUUCAGCUCUGGUGGACACGCACCGCUUUGUUUCUCCUCUAGAGGGCGACAGUGAGAUGACCGCUCGACAGCCGAUGGUUAAAUCCAGAGGUUCAUCACUGGAGGGAGCAAGCGUGACCAUCGGCUCUGGACUGCCCGAGUCCACAUCUACUCCAUCAGUAACACAUCCUGCAGACAAACUUCUGCGGCCGGCUGAUGUUACCACGGCAACAGCUCCUCUUCACGUGCCCGAAUCGUUCGGUCCUCGAGUCGGAACUGAGGUCAUCUUACGAAGAGCGCGACAUCAUCAGCUUCCAACCGACGGCGAGAAGAAUCCUGCCACUCGCUCUGGUACCAAGGUCAUAAAAUCAGCAUCUACCACGGCUCUGUCUGUCAUUAUACCUGCAGUCGAACCGCAUGGCACGUCUCCAUUGGCCAGUCCCAUGUCUCCUCGCUCCAUCUCAUCCAAUCCUUCGUCUCGUGAUUCAUCUCCGAGUCGUGACUACUCGCCAACAGUCAGCGCCCUGAGGUCACCGAUCACCAUUCAGCGUUCGGGGAAGAAGUAUGGCUUCACGCUGCGUGCCAUCAGAGUCUACAUGGGUGACACCAACGUGUACAGCGUCCACCACAUGGUCUGGCAUGUGGAGAGUGGCGGCCCUGCUGAGGAGGCGGGACUUUGUGCCGGUGACCUCAUCACCCAUGUGAAUGGAGAGUCUGUGCACGGGUUGGUCCACACAGAGGUGGUGGAGCUCAUUCUCAAGAGCGGCAGCAAGGUAAUGGUGACCACGACUCCGUUUGAAAACACAUCUAUAAAGAUCGGCCCAGCUCGAAAGCUCAGCUACAAAGCCAAGAUGGCAAGACGUGUCAAGAAGUCCGCUAAAGAUGGACAGGAGAGUAAGAAGCAAAGCUCUCUGCUUCGUAAGAUCACUAAACAGUCCAACUUGCUCCACACCAGUCGCAGUUUGUCGUCUCUGAAUCGCUCGCUGUCAUCUGGAGACAGUCUGCCUGGAUCACCGACACACAACCUAUCUGCACGCUCACCCACACAGACAUACCGCUCACUUCCAGACUCCGCCUACCUCGGCACUUCAUCUCAGAGCAGUUCUCCAGCGUCCAGCACGCCGAACUCUCCCGCCACGUCUCAACACAUGCGGCCAAGCUCGUUGUACGGCCUGUCUCCUAAACUUCACCGGCAGUAUCGCUCCGCCCGCUGCAAAUCUGCCGGAAACAUUCCUCUGUCCCCGCUGGCUCACACUCCGUCCCCCACUUCCUCUUCCCCUCCACCCAUUGCCGGACACACUGUCGGCAGCUCCAACACCACCCAGGCGUUCCCCGGCAAGCUCCACGCCUCUCCUCCGAUUACGCGGCCACGGCCGAAGAGCGCAGAACCGCCCCGAUCUCCUCUCCUUCAGCGGGUUCAGUCUGCAGAAAAACUCGGACCGCCUGCACCGUCAUCAUCCUCGUCUUCCAUGGGCUCGGACCGGAAGGGCGGACUCUGCGUGUCCAUGCGGAAACACGGUCUGGACGUCGUGCACGCGGAAUACCGCCGGGAUUCGUUUCACUGUGAGCAUGCCUUGCAGAGUCUGGUGGAGAUUGAGGGAGAGAAUACGCCCGGGAACCCGCCCUCUCCACCCCAUCAGACUCCUGCUUACAUACCCGGCACGGACGCAAGUCGUAAGACGAGCCAGCUCACGAAGCAAGAUGUAAAAACUGAACCUACAACAACCACUGAUACUGUGAAUGUUAAAGCAAACUUAUCAGACCCUGUCAAGUCCACUGGGAAGGAGAAAGGUGUCGCUAAGUCUGAAAACACAGUCGUUAUCAAUUCUGGAGGAAAAGAAGCAGGCAGGGAUGUAGGAAAGAGUCAGUCAGUCGGUACGGAUAUGUCUGGCAAGACCACAGACCGGACACCGAUAUAUCAGACCACUGGAGGACAGGAAACCAAACCUAAAAGCCUUCAAACCGAAGAUCCUAAAAGCUCGGAGAAAAGCAAAGAUGCAGGAAAAACCUCUUUAUUGCAAACAACUUCUCCAGAGACCGGCAAGCCAUUUAAACUCUCUCAAAAGGCAGAGGUGAACGUCACAGGGCCUGCUUCAGUCACACCUAAAGUUUUAGGACCACAGGUGUUAGAGGCGGGGUUUGCUCAAUCUAAAUCCACUGAACCAAGAGUUCAAACUCCAACCAAAUGCCCUCAGGAUGAAAGGCGUCAGGAGACUCCUGCUUCUCCAUCUCCAACUGCCCGCUCGCCUUCUGCAAGCAAAUCACGAGCCGGGUCUCCAGGCGACAGGUCUAGCUUUGUGACGCAGCUCACUAGCGUGGCUAAAACUGUAUUGGGACCCAUGAAGUUGGGUUCUCAGGAUAGCGGGAAAGGAAAGGACGGUGGCUCCAAAUCCAGUGAGGACAAGCGAGCCGCCACUUUGGGAAAGUCCGAAGCCUCGUCCGGUAGUCGGCGCGGGUUGACGGGAACCUGGCCCGGCCCUGGAUCCUCAAAAGCAGAAAAAUCAUCUAAGAGCUCUUCGAAGCAUUUGUAAGAUUUCAAACGGGACCCGUUCUCUGUAUUUAUUCAAAAGCAGACCGUUCAAAAGACGCCACAGCCAUCAAACCAAGUGAAAAUUUGCAUGUGCGACAUGCAAAAGAAAAAAGGUGCUUCAAAAUGACUGUUGUCAGAUGUGUUUGUGCAAUGGCUUAUGAAUCUAUGCAUCAUCGUAUGUGGAUGUAGAACAAACCUGUAUGUCUCUCUUGCAUGUUACGUGAAUAUUGUGAACAGAAGAGUCAAAAAAUACGAUGAAGACCUAAUGCUAGUGAAUACUGCACAUUCAAUCUGUAGAGGACUCAUAUCAGUCUGUCAGAUUUAGAAAUGAGGCGUAGUUCAAAUGUUUACGUUAUCAUCUCGCUCCAACAUUAACACUAACCUAAUACCACUAACGGAAAGCUUAACCUGAGAUCAUACCUGCUGUUCUUGUUAUAUUUGCACUGAAGAGAUCCUGCAAAAAUUUAUGUGAAAUCAGAUGCACAUCUCUUAUUGUGCACAGUUUAUUAUUGUUAGUCUUUAUCUUUUUCUCCUUUAUAUGUGUUUUCGCUGACAAUACUAGAAAGUUUAUCCAAUUAUUAUUUCUGCAUUGUUUUGACCUUUAAUUAAGUUUGCAAAAUUCUGGGAUUUUUCAUGGCUGGAAACUUUCCAUUGGAAUUAAUGGGAAUAUAUGGGAAUUAACGGGAAUAUAUUGGAAAUUUGAAAAAUGCAGAGUUGCCUACAACAGGGAACUUAAAUGUAUUUAAAAAUCUUGCAGCAUAAUUUAGUUUAAAACAAUAAGAUUUAAUGCAAUUUAUAUACACUCACCUAAAGGAUUAUUAGGAACACCAUACUAAUACCGUGUUCGACCCCCUUUCGCCUUUCUGCCUUACUUCUAUGUGGCAUUGAUUCAACAAGGUGCUGAAAGCAUUCUUUAGAAAUGUUGGCCCAUAUUGAUAGGAUAGCAUCUUGCACUUGAUGGAGAUUUGUGGGAUGCACAUCCAGGGCACAAAGCCCCGGUUCCACCUCAUCCCAAAGAUCCUCUAUUGGGUUGAUAUCUGGUUACUUUGGGGGCCAUUUUAGUACAGUGAACUCAUUGUCAUGUUCAAGUAAGCAAUUUUUCCAGUCUUCAGCUGUCCAAUUUUGGUGAGCUUGUUCAAAUUGUUGCCUCUUUUUUCUAUUUAUAGUGGAGAUGAGUGGUACCCGGUGGGAUCUUCUGCUGUUGUAGCCCAUCCGCCUCAAGGUUGUGCGUGUUGUGGCUUCACAAAUGCUUUGCUGCAUACCUCGGUUGUAACGAGUGGUUAUUUCAGUCAAAGUUGCUCUUCUAUCAGCUUGAAUCAGUCGGCUCAUUCUCCUCUGAUCUCUAGCAUCAACAAGGCAUUUUCGCCCACAGGACUGCCACAUACUGUAUGUUUUUCCCUGUAAACCCUAGAAAUGGUUGUGCGUGAAAAUACCAGUAACUGAGCAGAUUGUGAAGUACUCAGACCGGCCCGUCUGGAACCAAAAACUAUGCUACGCUCAAAAUUGCUUAAAUCACCUUUUUUCUCAUUCUGACAUUCAGUUUGGAGUUCAGGAGAUUGUCUUGACCAGGACCACACCCAUAAAUGCAUUGAAGCAACUGCCAUGUGAUUGGCUUAUUAGAUAAUUGCAUUAAUGAGAAAUUGAACAGGUUUUCCUAAUAAUCCUUUAGGUGAGUGUAUAUAUAAUAUAUAUACUUGAUGAGUUUAAGUAUCAGGAUUUUUCAAAAUUUGUUUUACCUUGCAUGCAUGUCUGCUUAUGACCAAAUAAAAUGUUUAUUUAUGUUUUUAUAUGAUAUAGUUUAUAUAAAUUCCCCUAAAUUUCCAAACAAUUUCCAUAAAUUCCCAUACAUUUUCAAGUUCAGAAUUGGGAAUAUUUCAGAUUAAGUUCACAUGUACAUUUUUCGGAAACUUUCCGCCCCUUUGCAACCCUACCUUUAAUCUUGCCAGAAGUUACAGUAAUUUAACACAGAUUCUUAUAAAAAAUACAUUAACAAGAUCAUGUGGAAAUUUAUCUUCAACCUCCACAUCCCUCUGAAAUGUUUGUUUUGGAUAGAUGAAAGGUUUAUAUAUUUACAAUGAGCAUCAUAAGAUAAAUCCUUAAUGAAAUGAAAUCUUAUGUGUAAUUGUGAUGUCAUGAUGAUAGAGUUUAUUAUAUGUCAGUAAAUGCACUGUGGAUUAUAGACUUGAAUUCUUACAGAUCUGAUCGUAUAUGCAUAAGAGUUUGUUUGAAGAUUUGAGGUGGUAUGUGUUUAAAUGUAUGUAUUCGAUUUAAAGGACCCAUAUUAUGCAAAAUCCAAUUUUACAAGGUGUUUGGACAUAAAUGUGUGCUGGCAGUGUUUGGACACAACAACCCAACAUUAACUACCAUUAAAACAAAGCAGUCUCAUUAGACAUCCCUUUUGAUUCACUUGUUAAUGUGAUGUCACACCGAUAUAGCCCCACCCCACAGACACUGACUGACUGGUUAUUUUUACCCAAAAGCUUUUGUAAAUUUGUCUGUUAGCACAUCUAAUUUGCUAAUCUAUUUUUAACCAAAUGCACUCACUGUCUGUUGGUGAGGAAGUGAGUAGCUGUAGCUCAUUUUCAUUUAAAGGUACAGACAAGAAAACAGUGAAUUUUUGGAUAUGUUUUAGCAAAUAAUCUGUGGGGUAUUUUUCACAGACACAUUCUAGACACACUUGCGACUUAUAUGGCAUCUUGUAAAAUGGGCAUAAUAUGUGUCCUUUAAAACCAUUUAGGGCUUUUAAUUCACUUUUAUUACAUUACAAUCUUCAAUUCCCGUUUUUGUAGCUUGAAACAUCUGGUGGUUUGUUUCUGGUUUCACUUUACAUGAGGAGCUGGUCUGUAUAGACGAAUCACACAAACACUCGCUCUCUUGUUUGUCCGAUGAUGUUUCUGGUGCCAUUUACUGCAGUAGUUCUUCCAAAUCCCUUCAUCUGUGUGUCACUGAGUGUUUUUUGCCAAUAAAGGACUUAACACUUUACCCAAAGUAACAAGACACUGACUUGAUAAUGUCUACUAUGAUAAUGGCAUGUUUUUGGACAUGCACUAUAGUCUCAUAGUGUUAAGAACAUGGUGGAUGACAAUGAAUUAAUAAUCCGAUAGCAUCAUUGUAACACAACACUGUUUCGUAAGGUUAACUCUGUGUUUUUAUAUUUGGGUAGUGUGUAUGUGACCUUUGACCUGUUUUCAGAUUGAUUUGUGCUGUAGUGUGUGUGUGUGUGUGUGUGUGUGUAUGCGUGCGUGUGUAAAGAUGUAAUUUGUUUAGAUUGUGUAGACAUAGUGUUACUCAAGCAAUGAUGUUAAAGAUGCACUUUAUUGAUUUACCUCUUUAUAUUUAUUUAUUUAGAGCUUUUUUGAAAUAUUUUGUUUGUUUAUUAAAACUUCUCAUGCUGCUCUGCAUAAAUCUUCCUUAAUCUUAACACAUUUUAUUAUGAUUUUAUACAUUCAUUUCUUAUAUCAGUGUUUAUUAUUUUUAAAUGAUUUCUCACCUCAGGCAAUGUAGUAAUAAUCAAUGCAUUUAAAACAAUGAAUAAAGUGCAGUAAUAGUAAUAAUAAAAGGCCUGAAAUGAGUCAAUAAA